CGGGCUCCCUUCCCCCAGCCUGAGUCUCCCCGGCAACAGCAGCCUCGGUCUGGGGCUCAGCCCCUCCCCCGCCCCGCCCCGGCUGCGGCUGCGAAGCGUCUGGAACCGCAUCCUUCCUCCGCAUCCUGGUCGGGAGACCGCAUCCUGCCGCAGCUGCCGGUUGGAGCCGCGCGUGAGCCGUCUCCACAUUUCUCCCUGUGGAGUGGGUGAGGACAAAGACCACCAUCCACCAUGGUGAAGCUGGGCUGCAGCUUCUCUGGGAAGCUGGGCAAAGACCCUGGGGACCAGGACGGGGCUACCACUGACAGCGUCCCUCUGAUCAGCCCCCUGGAUGUCAGCCAGCUACAGCCACCAUUCUCUGACCAGGUGGUCAUCAAGACGCAGACAGAAUACGAGCUGUCCUCCAUGGAUCAGCCGAAGAAGUUUUCAGACCUGGAGGCCCAGAAGCUGGCCUGUGGCCACCCAGAAGAAGGGCGCAGGCUGCCCACAGCACGCAUGAUCGCUUUCGCCAUGGCGCUCAUGGGCUGCGUCCUGAUCAUGUACAAGGCCAUCUGGUACGACCAGUUCACCUGCCCUGACGGCUUCCUGCUGCGGCACAAGAUGUGCACCCCGCUGACCUUGGAGAUGUACUACACGGAGAUGGACCCCGAGCGUCACCGCAGCAUCCUGGCAGCCAUCGGGGCCUACCCGCUGAGCCGCAAGCAUGGCACCGAGCCGCCCUCGGCCUGGGGGCAGAGCCACCGUGCUGUCAAGGAGGGGCCCAAGGCGCCCACCCAGGCGGGAGCGGCGGGGACCACCGAGUCCCCCGGGAAGCCCACCACGCGCGGAGAGAUGGAGGCGGCGCAGAAGGAAACGGGGAGCGCGCCGCCCUCGGCGCCGGCCCCGUCCCCGCAGUGACGGCCUCCUCGCCCUCAGCCCGGGUGGGCGGUUGGGGGCCGCGUGAUCCCCCUGCCUUUGCCGCUCUCACCCCUCCGCUCCUGUCUUCGCAGCGCCUCCACCUGCAACCUGUUACCGCCCUCACCCGACGAUGUCCGCCCUGUGGUUGUACCCCUGUCCCCCAGGACCUCAAUGACGCUCCCACCCCCGCCCCAGAGCCUCUAGUUCUGUCGCUUUUCUUUAAGUAAAGAUUCACAUCCACCUGGUU